AUGGACUAUGGCUACUUUUUUCCCGCACAACAUAUUGAAGACACGAAUGGUGUGGAUUUUUGGAUAGAUAGUAAUGCCGAAUUUACACAAUCUAAAAGACCCGACUCUUCAACGUCUACUCUUACAAGGGUCUUAACGGACACCACGAACGUUUCAAAUAAUAGUGGAUCGCUAAAAAGGAAACCGAUCAAGAACAAAAAACUCCCACAACGGAAGAUACUAAAUAAUAGUGAGUAUUUUGACUUUGGAAAAGCAAAUACCGAUUGCAAGCAUGUGUUUAAAAGUAUUUCUAAGCAACUAAUUUUCCUUCCAAGGUGUUUUCAACAUCACAGUAUCCGAGGCUGGAUGAAAGACAGAUACUCGGAAUUUGGCUAUAAAAUAAAGAGAAACCAAAAUUGCCCCCCUUCAGCAUGUGUACAGGCACUAUACAGUACUAGCAGAUCCAAUAAUAAAGAACCAAAUGCCAGUGAUUUGGAUUCUCUAAUAAUUUAUAAAUUUAUGCGAUACUCUGAGAAGAAAAAAGAAUUGAUGUGCAGAUUUUGCCAGGGAAGUAAUUGGAUCGUAGCUGAGAACUACCUAAAACAUUUAUUUUUUGCACACGGCAUUUUGUCUGAAUUCAAGCCUCACACUUUAUACCAUUUUGAGUCUAAACUGUUAAAAAUUCAGGAAAACCUUAAUUUCAAAGUUCAAGUAUUAAAAGAGCCAGAAUUUAGCAAAAAGGUUUUGAGUUCUCUCACUGUAUCCAUUAUUCCCUCUCCUUUGACCUACUAUACUCAAACAUUGAACGGAGGGUUUAGGAGAAUUCAUGUGAAGUGUCCCCGCUGUGAAAAUUGGAUCCGUUUGGGUUGGUGUGAAUAUGAUGAAAUUAUCAGGGAUUCCUUUCAGGAUUUCGAAUCCCUAAGAAACCUCAAUGCUGAUUAUAAUGGGAUGUCGUAUAUUCAAGCACGUAAUAGAGAAGAUAUUGAAGGUAUAUAUGAGAAUUAUUUUACACACUACAUCCAAUGUGACUUAGCCAAGUUCCGAACAAAAUGUUUAUAUGUCCAAGUCAUAACAAAAAAUAAUUGA